AUGUCUAACGGUGGUGGAACUCUAACCUUGCCGUCGCCGACGCACCCGCAUCACCACCAUGUUGACGUGGGAGCUGGUCUACGAACACUGAGACGCUCAUUGUCGCGUUCGCCGUCCAAGUUUUCUCUGGUGCGCACUGCGUCCCAGAGCAGCUCCGACGCUGGUUCGUCGCCGUCGUCUCCCUCUUGCCGCCGUGCUCAAUCGCAGUAUUUUGGCCCGGGACAAUCGACUACGCCAUUCAAUACACCGCCUACAAACGCUGUGCACGCCCAAUCACCGCUUGCAACUCCUUUCCGACCUAGUGUCAAACUUUCGCUGCGAUCCGCCAAAACCGCUUCUAAGAGUCCGGCUGCACCGUCGACAGCCACAAAGCAACUAUCGCGGUCGCGCACCUCUCCAAGAAGCCCGUCCAGACGCGCUUUGAAUGCCGCCACUACCUCCGUCAAUUCCGCGCCGUCGUCAUCGUCCAUUCUUGAAUCCACCCUUCCCGAACAGGAGAACGUUGGCGUUUUUGCGCGCAACCCUGCGCCGCGCAGGCCCUUCGACAAAGCCUCCAAUCGGCAUAGCAUGCAUUUGGACAUGUCUGGCGCGUCUCAGCUUACCAUGUCACGUUUUUCGGAAGCGAACAACUCGAAUGCUAGCUCCGGUGCUAGCCCUCUGAAGCGAAGUGAUGCUAUCAUGACUCUCGACCAAAACUUCUCUGGCAGCCCGAAGGCUAAACGACGCAGUUAUGGCCCCUCAAGUCUUGGGGACAACUUCAACAUCUUCGACCAGUUUCCUGGCUCACCAAGCCCAGACAUGCAGGAUGACUCUGCGCGUGAGUAUGAUUGGACCAGCUCCAGCGCCCCAAACAUGUUUGAAUCUCUAGCGUCACCCACUCCCUCCGCCAUGCCGCGAAGGGCUGGAUCACUUCGACGGUCCACUCUCCAGCAGCGACAUACGGGUGAGAAGCAGACGUCUUGGGGACGACGUGCAGCUCUCCAGCAGGCGGCUCUGCAGGCGGCUCUCCAGUCGGCACAAACCACCAUUGAUGCGACAACCACCAUCCCCAACGCCAAGGCCCGCCCACGACUGUCUCUGGAUGCUUUCCUGCCGCCGCCACCACGAGAUAGCCCUUUCAAUACACAGGGCCCUCUACCGAACCCUUCGGCCCAUGCUAUGAACCCUCCGGCCCAUCAGCCUCACCCGCUCUCUCGCACAAUGACUACCUCGUCGUCGAACUCGAGUAUGGGUGAUGACUCUCCAACACAUUUUCCUGUGGAGAAACCGAGAGCAUUCGUCAACUUCUCCAAGAGCCUGCCCAUGGCUUCUGUUCGUCCGAAGCCCGACAGACAAACCCAAGGCAUCGCCAGUGUGUCUACACCUGACUACAAGCACGCGAGACCGUUUGAGGGAGCCUUCGCAUCGACCGGUCUAAUUUCCAAAGUGAAUCGCCAUCCCGAGCAGGGCCUUUCGGGUACAGGCAACGGCGCAGCUCCACCUGAUACCCCUUGCAAGAAACCCCUAAACCCAUUUGCUACGUAUCCGCAACAACCAACGCCGGGGAGUGCGAGAGCGAGGAGCAGACGCAUGAGACACACACUUGCCGGUCCUACGACUCCUUCUUUCAACCCUACCUCUUCAAGUCGAUUUCAAAUUGCGUUCGACGAGCCGACGCGCCCUGGCCCUUUGAGCUUCAACAGAUUAUCGAAAAAAGGCAGCCUUAUGAGUCUUCUUAGUGAUGAUGGAAGAAGUCCUAGCAAGAGUGAUGAUGAGAUGCAAACCAGCAACGAUGGUGAUUUUCCACCAACGCCCACGAAGCAACAGCUUCUUUCUCAAAGCACAAGCAACCCGAGCGAAACAGUGAACGACAGUCCCACUGCCAGCCGACACGUGGCUGCUCCAACUUCCGCCUUCGGUGCGGGAGCAUCUUUGAUCCCAGCAACUCCUCUGGAUCGUUUUGAGUUUGCCGAGAAGGCUUCUCCCCGGACCCCACAGGAUGGUGUUGUGCCCCCUGAUGCGAGCCGCCUGAGUAUCUCAAACCCCUCGGAGGGAUUUCUGCUUCCCGGAAGCAGCGGGCGAAAGUCGAUCUUUCCGCCUGCCACUCCGACUACUCGAAAUGAGGGUUUCCAACAGAUCCUUAACCGGCGCGUUAUCACCCCUGUGCAUGCAUCGUCUGGCGCUGAGCUCGAUGCCAGCCUUGUCGCACGGUUCGGAAAGGUGGAACACAUCGGCAGGGGCGAAUUUUCCGAGGUCUUCAAGGUGGCAGAAUACAACCAACCCAUCGAUGCUGAGCGCAAAGGUUUCUUCGAUACUCCAUCGCAUCGCACCCCACCCUCCCCUACACCUCAUAAGCUAUUCGCGGUUAAGAAGUUGGUUCUUCCGAUCCAAGGUGACAAGGACCGAGCAGAGCGACUCAAUGAGGUGACCGCCUUGCAGCGGGUCAGGGGCUGCGACCAUGUCCUGCAGCUUAUCGACAGUUGGGAAGAGAACCACAGCCUAUAUAUCCAGACCGAGUACUGUGAGGAGGGCAAUUUGCACAAGUUCCUUGAAAAGGUUGGAAUGAAGGGCAGGCUGGAUGACUUUCGCAUCUGGAAAAUCAUGCUCGAAGUCGGCCAGGGUUUGAAGCAUAUUCACAGCGCCGGCUUGAUCCAUCUAGACUUGAAACCUUCCAACAUCUUGGUCGGUUUCGACGGCACCCUUAAGAUAGGCGAUUUCGGCCUCGCUACUGGUCACGGUUUACCUCGAAGCGACAUGGAGGGAGACCGUACAUACAUGGCUCCUGAAGCUCUUCGCUCCGAGAUUGGGUGCUCUGCAGACAUUUUCUCAUUUGGACUCAUCAUGCUAGAGAUAGCAGCCAACGUCCAAUUGCCGGAGAAUGGAGCAACAUGGACGGCUUUGAGAGAAGGAGAUUUCGACGAAGUCCCCACACUCACCCAAGAAGGAACCCCAGUUCCACGAGACACCGAGGGUAUGCCAAUCGAUGAGACUGAACGCGGCGUCAACUUGUCCGAAGACGAUAGCCACACGACGAGAAAUCUUCGUCGAAGCUACAACUUCAGAGGGGCAAGACGGCAGUCUGGCGACAUCUUCGGCUUGAACCGAAACGGCUCGAGUCGGAAGACCGAGCUUCAACAGGCUCCUGACUUCAUGAGCAACCCUGACCAUCCAAGUUCUCUGGACAAAGUUGUCAAAGCGAUGCUCGCCGUGGUGCCGUCGUAUCGACCUACAGCAACUCAGAUGCUCGAGCUGGAAGCUCUCAAUUGGGUUGGAACACGUCAACGGGCUGGUGCUACGGUCUUCGAAGGUAACUGGGGACCUGGGGACGAGGUCAUUGAGCCUUCAUCUCUCGACACCGAGAUGACCGACGUAUGA